CGAACACGAAAGUCACGCUCAGAGCUCUCCUGUCCGCGAGGCACGCCCUCGCCCUCGCGCCGCUGUCACACUGCUCAGCCGUUUGUCAGACAGCGGCAUCCAGCUCGCGCCUCGUCUCGCGACUUGUUCAGAGGGGAGGGAGAGGGUGACUCGGUCCGUUUUGACCCGCAGCGAUUUCAGCGAAGCUAGUCCGCACACAGAUCCGAGGGAGAAAUCUUUUAUGUCUGCGGCGACAUCUGCGUGACGGCUCCCCUUUGACAGCGAGGGAGAGAAUGAGAAUAGAGGAUUUAGUUUCUUCUUGUAGGUACAGUCGAGCAGAGGAAAAGUCACUCCUAAAGAUUUUGACAUGAAGAAGGAUAUAGACGCACUGAUAGCAGAGGAACGGGCAGAAAUCAUCUCUAAAUAUGACAAGGGCAGGGAAGAGGGCGUCAGCAUUGACCCAUGGGAGGAUGCUGACUUUAGCAUCUAUAAAGUCACUGACCGCUUUGGCUUUCUCCAUGAGGAAGAACUGCCAACACCCACUGCAAUUGAAGAGAAGCAAAAGCAACAAGAGUUGGAGCGAGUGCAGAAAUGGCUGAAGAUGGGGAAGAAAUGGGACAAGUACAAGAACAGUGAAAAGCUGAUGAAGCGUGUGUAUAAAGGCAUUCCUCUGCAGCUGAGAGGCCAGGCUUGGGCCUUGCUUUUGGACAUAGAAAAGGUUAAACAAGACAAUCUGGGAAAAUAUGAGAAAAUGAAGCAGCAGGCUCAAAUCUACUCAACCGAGAUCAAGCAGAUAGACCUGGACGUCAACAGAACAUUCAGGAACCACAUCAUGUUCAUGGACCGCUUUGGAGUGAAGCAGCAGGCACUGUUUCAUGUACUGGCCGCUUACUCUGUCUACAACACGGAGGUCAGCUACUGUCAGGGAAUGAGUCAAAUCGCUGCAAUUCUGCUCAUGUACCUGAACGAGGAAGAUGCCUUCUGGGCUUUAUCCCAGCUCCUUACAGACACCAAGCACUCCAUGCACGGACUUUUCAUUCCUGGAUUUCCCAAGCUGCAUCGUUUCCAGGCUCAUCAUGAGCUCAUCCUCUCCAAAAUGCUGCCUAAGCUGAAGAAACACCUGGACAAGGAGCAGAUGACAACAGGGAUUUACUCCACCAAAUGGUUUCUCCAGUGCUUUAUCGACAGAACCCCCUUCACCCUCACACUGCGCUUAUGGGACAUCUACAUGUUGGAAGGAGAUAAGAUACUAUCUGCCAUAGCUUAUACAAUCCUCAAGUUGCACAAAAAACGCCUGAUGAAGCUCCAGCUAGAGGACCUGAGGGAGUUUUUUCAGGAGCAGCUGGCUGAUUCGUUCCUACUGCCAGACGAUGUGGUGGUUGAACACUUACAGGCAGCGAUGUCAGAGCUGCGCAGUAAAAAGCUGGAUCAACCUCCUCCAGCCAAGUCAGAUGAGCUGCCAAAGAAGCCUCUGGGUCAAGAGAGACCAGUUCUCCUUGUGCCGUUGCAUUCUAACUCACCUCCGGAGGUCAAAAUAAAUCUGCAGACCAACAGCAAGCCUUUUCCAGAGACCCAGAAAACAGAUGCAACCACCAAUCAUCAGACUGCUUCUCCUUCUGAACCCCAGAACUCAGAUAUCCUCUCCGGAGCAAACACAUCGUCAGUUUCUUCACUAGUUGUAUGCACACAAGGAACACCUUCUUUCUUGAGGCAUUGUAAAGUUCCUCUAGUACCUCCAAAAGAAAACAAACCAUGCACUGAGGGAGGGUUGGGUAGAGAUGUGAAGAAGUCACCCGCAGAGGUUUGCCAAGAGUCUAGAAAACAAGAGAACUGGACAACUGACACAAAGUCCCAAGUGGAAUCUAUGGAUUGGCCUCCACCCUAUGAGCCCUCGCCUUUGGAUGUUGUGAUUAUGCAAACGGAGGUGGAACUCAUGGAUCUUCCUGACCUACCACCUCCACCUUUGUUUUACCCUGAGCAGAUUGACCAAAGGACUCUAGGCAGGGAAUCACCUGGUCUGGGGCCUGAGACUCAUCCAGAUCUGCGCCAUCACUCCCCUUCCCCACGGUCAGACUCACCACUGGUUGCUCCAAUGAAGCUAUCACCAAAACCAAGCCCAGGACCUUCCCCUCAAAACUUUAUAAGGAAAAGUACUUCUCCCACAAAACCUCUGUCUCACUAUGUCCACACACCACCCUCCUCAUUGUCUCCCAGAGUCCCACCCUCAAAACCAACCAAUUUCCCAGUUUCCCUUUACGUUCCUUGGUCCAUGGGUGACAGACGGCCCUCCAACACAUCUCAGUAUGAUAACCUCUCCGAAGCUGAUGACGACGAUCGCCUCAUAGAAAGGCUGCUUGCUUCCACUCCUGAGAAAACUCCCUGCAUGCACAGCAACUCCACCCAUGCUACUGACAGAGCCUAUGACCCUACUUUCUACCCCGUUCCCCCACCUCCUCUCUUCAUUCCUCCUUCCUCUUCCCCUCUUCCCCCUGUGAUGUGCAACAUCCCUAGAUUGCCUCAAGAGCCAGAAUAUAAAGGGGAGACCAGCUGGGUGCAUGAUUCCAUCAUCCCCCCUCCUCCACCCUGCUUUGCAGACAGACUCGCUCCGUUUCAGUGCACCUCUGCCAUCUGUUCAGAUGCAGCCAGGUCCUCGUCACCUGUUUACUCUAAGAAUUUCUCCAGAGCCCCCAGAGACCAUUCCGCCUUCCCAGCACCUUUGUUAUACACAGGGUCUCCCCCAGGUCAUUCCAGGUCCUCAGGACAGUCACUGGUGGGUGUGGUGGGGGUACAGUCCAGCCUAGACUUCUGUAUGAUGCCUCCUGUAGGGGAAAAGCUUCCCAAAUCAGUGACUUUUUGAUGUGGCAGUUGAUCAUGCCGCUGAUUGGUUUUCAAAGCCAUUGUAAAGAUAAAAGGGCCAGCAGCUCUGUUUGUGUGUAUGUGUGAAAUUACAUUUUUCAUGUCCAGCUACUGUAGCUACUUCUGUGACAGCUGCAUCGUGUUUUUAAGGGAAGGGUUGUCAAACUCGUAUUUUAUACUGAAGCCGAUGUCAAAAAGUGUAUUAACUUGACUGCCCCUCCGUUGUUCAAAGCUUGGUUUUCUGUUUGUACAGAAGAGUAGUGAUCUCAUAACAGCUGCACAUAUCACCAUUGUUCCACCUCAAACCAUUGUAAUUUUGUUCCAAAAAGAUGUGUUAAUCUUAACAUGGUGUACUUAGUGCAACAACUCUAACAAAAGGGCUUUCAGACUACCAGUUAAUAUCAUCCUCGCAGCCAAAGCAUUCACCCAGAAUUCAUAGGAAAGUGUGAGCAGGCUCACACAUCAUCACAGUUUGUCAAACUCUGAGAAAAAGAGUCGUAGGUUAACAUGAGAAACCAGAGUGCAUUCAUGCAGUGCUUAUGAAGCUACAAUUUACUUGUAAUCACCGGCAGCAGCAAAAUUGGUGCAAUAAAUGACUAAUGUAAAUACAGA